AUGUCAGCAGCCCACGGGGCUACGAUCCCGGGGCCGGAGUCGCUCCCCUCGCCGGAGCGACCUCCUCCGGACCCGCCUGCCGUGAGCACCUGGCCGGGGGCGUUCGCGGGGCUUUGCGGGGUCCUGUCAACACAGCAAAGCAGAACGGCGGCGCCGCCGAGGAGGAUGAGGAUGAUGAGGCGGCAGCAGCCCGGCGGGCCGGGCGCCGCGGGGCCGGAAUGUGACACCCAAGAGAAGAUCAACUUUGAGCUCCGCAUGCGGGAAGGAAUCUGCCGGCUGCUGGCGGCGAGCACGCAGAGGGAGCAGCUCCUGCAGGCCGUGAAGAACCUGCUGGUCUGCAAUGCUCGCAUCCGGGCCUACAGGGCACAGCUGCAGGGCCCAAAGGGGGAGCAGUCUUCAGAAAAUGGGACAAAAGAGCGGACGGCAUGCAGAGCAAGGGUUGCUAUAUCAGAUAUUCGAAUACCAUUAAUGUGGAAAGGCUCUGACCACUUCAGCAAAAAAGAAAAAUCACAGCGCUAUGCAGUGUUUUGUUUGUUCAGAAUGGGAGCUGAGGUUUUUGAUACUGAGGUGACUAUUGUGGAUGAAGCAAUAACAGAUAUCUGUUUUGAAAAUGUAACCAUAUUUGAUGAAGCAAGCCCAGAUUUCCAGGUGAAGGUUGAAGUCUAUAGCUGCUGUACAGAGGAGUCUUUAUAUACAACAAACACUCCUAAGAAACUGGCAAAGAAACUUAAAACAUCCCUCAGCAAAGCUACAGGGAAGAAACUCAAAGCUGCACUGGAAGAAGACAGCACUGAACCCCUUUUGCCUGCUGACCCAGUCAUCCAUGGAGCUAAGUACAGUUUGCUGGCAUACACCACUCUGGGGCUGGAAAGUGCUGAGGACAAUUUCAGGACCCACAACCUUACCAUUACAGGAAAUGAGGAAUCCUCUUUUUGGCUGCCCCUGUAUGGGAACAUGUGUUGCCGUUUAGUUGUCCAGCCCUCCUGCAUGGCCAGGGAUAUGAUGGCAGGAUUUCUAAAUCAGCAGCAAAUGGUAGGAGGUCUGACAAGCUGGAGGAGGCUGUAUUGUGUACUGAGAGGUGGCAAACUCCUUUGUUAUUACUCACCAGAAGAAAUUGAGGCCAAAGUGGAGCCAGCAUUGACAGUUUCCAUCAACAAGGAAACCAGGAUUCGAGCUGUGGAUAAGGACUCCAGGAGAAGAGCCAAUAACUUCUCUGUUAUCAACCCCGUGUCUGGAGAGGGUGUGACCCAACGUUUUGCUACUGACAGUAGGGAAGAGCUUCAUCAGUGGAUGGAGGCUUUCUGGCAGCACUUUUAUGAUCUGAGCCAGUGGAAGCAUUGUUGUGAGGAACUUAUGAAAAUUGAGAUUAUGUCACCACGGAAACCACCUUUGUUCUUGACAAAGGAAGCGACCUCCGUCUACCAUGAUAUGAGCAUUGAUUCUCCAGUGAAACCUGAGGGCUUAGCUGAUAUCAUACACAGGAAAAUUGAAGAGAGUGAUGGUGAGUUCCUUCUUGGCCAGCAGAAAGAGCCUGCAUCUGCCCUGUGGGCAUCACUCUUUGAUGGAUCUCAUGAGAUGACUGUUCAGAAAAACGUGCAUCUGGACCCAAGAAGAGAUACUACCAGUCCUAAUGACAGCAGAGGAAAGAAAAGAAGAGCUCCACCUCCGCCCUCUGAUAAGCCACCCUACAGUGCAGAAGCCCAGGUGAACACAGAGCAGCUGGGCAAGGAAAACUGGAGGAAGCCUGACCACACACCUGCCUGUAGCUCUUCCUUUGAGUCGGUGUUAGCUACGAAAAUGCAGCAGCUGCAAACCCCCAUUGCUCCUCCUCGCAAAAUUGGUCUUUGUGGGAAAAGUGGUUUAGCUGGCCUGGGGAAUCCUGUUUCUCUGCUGAGCAAGACCAAGUCUGAAACCAAACCAGUCCCAACCCCUAGACAUAAAGGCAUCACAGAAAUACUGGACCCCAGGUCCUGGUUGCAUCCAUAGGCAUCAUAUUUAGCUUAGAGGAGUCUUUGGAAUUUAAAGUUUUCCAGCCUUCUCCUAAUACCCUUCAUUAAAAGUAGAUUUUAGCAUUUAGCUCAAGUGUUUCCUGUGAGCCAGGGCACUAC